AUGACUACUGCAACACAAGCCGAAAACGUAUCAGCCACCCAAAAGACCAUAGCCAGUGCAGCCAAUCUUGCUAACCUCCUACCUACCGGCACCCUUCUCGCAUUUGAGACCCUCAUUCCUAGUUUCUCCAACAACGGAGCAUGCCAUCGGGCCAACAAGGGCCUUUCCUCAUCCAUCAUUCUAAUUUGUGCUCUCAUCUGCUUCUUCUCCUCCUUUACUGAUAGCUUCAUUGAUAGUACCGAUGGAAAAUUCUAUUAUGGGAUCGCCACUAGCACAGGUAUACGCAUCUUAAAUCCUAGAACAAAAAAGAUCACUUAUGAGGAAAGAAAGCGCUUGGAAAAGUAUAAAAUCACGGGUAGAGAUUAUUUCCAUGCCUUUUUGGCACUAACUGUGUUCUUGGUCUUUGCUCUUACCGACCUCAAUGUGAAAAAUUGUUUCUUUCCUGAUGCGGGAGAUGAUCUCAAUCAAAUCAUUAUCAACUUGCCACUAGGAGCUGGGAUUUUCGCAUCCUUCUUAUUCACUAUUUUUCCAACUACUCGAAGAGGGAUAGGAUACACGCAGCCCCGGCCGAAUAAGGAGGAAAAAGACGGGAACCAGACCUCGGCCAUCACGACCGCUUCCAAGGGGUCGGAGGCGGAAAUGGUGGGUGUGGUCGUAGAAGGAGCAGUUCAGUCUGAGGCUCAGGUCUCCGCGACAGCCUCAACCCCACCGCGAUAG